UGGAAUAAUUUCAGCAGAGAGACAGCAAGAAAUUCGUGCAAGGUCCUCGAUUCCAUUGACCGAUGAUUUCGAUGCUGAUAUCCGAACACAAACGAACGAUGCUAGCAUGUCCAUGAAAAUGGUAGAAACUUUGGACAAUCAAGAAUUAUCCAAGGAAUUGAUGAAUUACGGCAUUGAAAAUACUAUUGAAGAGAAGCAAAUGCUCAUAGAUGUAAACAGAAAUUCUAAUUUGAUUGCCGCACCGGGAAGUGUACACAGGGUAGUCUUUGAUGUAAUGAACAACUGCAUUUUGCCUGUCAGAUACGGAUUCAGAGUCAAGAGUACGCCUUUCAGAGUAUACAACCUACAGCCUACCUAUGCAUGGAUAUACCCUGGUCAGAUGAGUAAUGUAGCAGUGGACAUAAUUAUACCUGAUAAUACUGCACCUGAUACAGCUAAUACAAUUACAUUAUUCAUUCAGGGGACUGAAAUAAGAGAAAAAUCAGCAUACUUGUAUGUACAAGGUUCGCUAUCGAAGUUAACCGAUGAUGUGAAACCAAAAAUCGAAUAUUCUUUCAAUAACAACUGUGCUGGAAAAUUAGACAAGAAUCGAUGCUAUAAAUCUCGCUGGAGCAUGGAUAUUACAAUUCAGGAUUAUGAGUCAGGUUUGAAACGUGUAAUUUCAUCACCGAAUGAAAUAUAUCCACACACAGAGUUUAUUAGUGGUACAAGAAGCCCUAUAAUAUUUUACUAUUCAGCUACAUGCUGUGAUACGACAACUAAAAUUACAGCCAUAGACUUACUGAAUAAUUAUAAUACUAUUACAUUAGAUGUUACAGCUUGGAACAAUUUAUCAGAAGCACAGAUAGCAGCUAUUACAGUGGGAGCACUGCUUCUUUUGCUAUUAAUAAUAUUAAUUAUUAUUUUGAUAAUAUAUUGUGUUCGGAGAAGAAAAAGUCUUGAUUUACCUUAUACACAAAGGUAUGGGUCUAGACCACCUGCACAAUCUGAAAGGACUAGCUUCUAA